UACCACAAUAUGGAAAAGAAGACGCAAAUUUACCCUUCUUUACCAUACGGUGAUUUUAAUUCAGAUAACAAUUUUUCUCUAAAACUUCUUUCGGGCCUAGGCAAGUCAACAAAAAGAGGGAUAAGGAAAUGUUUCAAUUGUGGUGUAUACAACGGAAAUAGGAGCACGAUGUGUAAAAACAAGAAAUGUGGCGUUGUCUUGAAGGAUUCUGAAGAAAAAUCCAAAGUAAACCUAGAUGCUGUGAAGUUGCUCACUGGUACUGAAAGGCAAGUAUACUCUGUACGAGUUCGAGAUAUGGGACCCGACUGUCGAGGUUUUGUCCAGUUGCCUCUGUUACAAUCCCACAAUGAGGAAGACGCCAACAUUUUCUCAGAGGUGGCUUUAUGCUUUGUUAACUCUUGUCAAAACUCAUUCGAUAACUCGAUUCUAAAAUGCCAUGAGGAAGAACAGUGCCAUAACAAUGUAUUCUGUGUUCACAUUAAUUCUGCUUUGAAGAGCCAGAGUACUGCUUCACCUGUAGGGUUCAAAAGUGAGAUUUUGGAAUCGUUGAAGAUUGCAGAUGACAUGAGGGAGAGGCUCCUUUUGCUAGCUACCGAAAGGGAGGGGCCUUUGGUUCAGAGAAUUUCAAAAUCGGUUAUGGCAGUGAAAUGCCAAGUUAGCCCAAAGCAUCCUCUUGGAUAUUUGCAUUUUACUUUUCUUCGAGGAAAAGGCAAAGAUGUUUACGAAAAGUACUACUGCAGCUGUACAGAGUUUAUGGUUUCCAAUGAUUUAAAAAAUAAAUUGUGCAAUAUUAAGUACAAAUGCAUACAUUACUAUGCUUGUAUAUGGGCAUUGGCAAGCGAUACAAAAUAUCGGGAUGAAUUUUCACAUUUUCUGAGCUUUGACCUACCAACAACUCAAAAUCUGGUAGUAAACGUAAUUUCCAGUGAAGGUAGUUCACGCCUUUACAAAAAUAAGUCUGUCAUUAAAACUGGCACUGUGGGGAACAUAUCAAUAAAUGCUUCGCGCAAGAAUAAAAAAAAACUGUUGAGAAAAACUCUAAGGAGGUCCAUCAACAUCAAAAAGUGUAAACGACUAAUGCCUAAGGUACUUCCGAUAGAGAUAAAAGUAUUAAAUGAAUCGAAAGAAAGCCACAAUGACAUUUCUUGGAAAUUUAUAGAAUGGCUUGGAUAUGUUACGGAAUCUAUCAAUCAGACAAUGAAAUUCGAAAACUGCAGUAUUUUGAUUACUUUGGUUUUCCAUCUACCCGAGUGUUUUUAUAAUUGUUUUAAAAAGCGGAUUCCCAGCAUAUAUGAAGAAAUUCAAAAUGGUGGUGCAGCUCAUUACAACAUUAUGAAUAUAUUGCAUCUGAAAGAAAUCUUCGACACACCCCAGAUUAAAUUAAAAAUUUCAAAGAAGGUCGUCCACCACGAACAGAAGGGCUACGUAGAAUAUGAUGAAAACGAAGAGAACAACAACAGCUAUCAGUGCUCUUUUAUAUUUUUUUUAAAUGUAGGACAGUCUACAGUUGACGAAAGUGAAAAUACUAAUAAUUCAUUUAUUAUUGAAUGGUUGCCGAUGGUUACCAGUUUGACCAAAGUAGGAGAACUAAAACUUCAGUAUAAAUAUGGAAGGAAAAGCACCUAAGGUUCAACAUUCUACAUACUUUUCAUCCUUUGGAAUUUCUAAGGCAAGUUAUAAUGUGACAUUGUAAGUUGUCUAAUUUAUGAUUGUAUCAUACCAAAACACUUUAAAUUGAAAUAAUCUUUUAUUACAAUUGAGAAAAACGUUUAUGAACAAUUGUUAAAAAAUGUAUGUACAUGAUUACAUUUAAUUGACAGUAAUCGUUAUAUUUGUGUUUUAAAAUUGAGAAUUGAAAAGCACCCACUGAAAAAAAAACAU